AGGAGUGAAAGAAACAACUAAAUUGUUGUUUGGAUAGUUUUUAAAAAGCCUAAGGGAUCAGUUUUUUUACCGUGACAAACGCUGCAAAUUGCAAAAGCGUUUAAUCUGGGUUUAAUGUUCACGUGUUGCUAAUGUUUUUUCAUAAAUGCUAAUGCUAGCGGUUGCGACCUAUCAGCAAGCUGUUGUUUUUACAGACUUAGCCUUUUCGCCAUAAUAGUAAUUGUUUAGAGUAUAUAUUAUACGAGGGCAGGAUAUACUUUUGCUGUGCAAAAUGGGACGGAAGAAACAGGGCAAGGUUGUGCGUCCUGACAACAAGGGAAAAGACAAACGACACAAAGUGAAGGGGAAAACAUUAGCGGCUUUUACAGAAGAAAUGCACUCUGCAUUCGAAGCAAGUCUUCACAGAGAGGAGGAGGAGGGAGCCGGGAGCCCCCAAGUGAAGCUCCCUUGUCCACUAGCCAUGUGGGAGCUGCGCCAUUGUGACCCCAAACGUUGCACAGGCCGAAAGCUGGUCCGCAAGGGCUUUGUACGCAACCUGCGCCUCAAUCAGAGGUUUAACGGACUCAUUUUGAGUCCCAUGGGCACAAAGUAUGUCACACCAGCAGACAGGGAGAUUGUGACCCGGAAUGGAGUGGCAGUGAUCGAUUGCUCCUGGGCCAAACUGGAGGAGACGCCGUUCGAUAAAAUGGUCGGAAGUCAUCCGCGGCUGCUGCCGUACCUCGUAGCGGCAAAUCCGGUCAACUACGGGAAGCCUUGCAAAUUAUCUUGUGUUGAGGCUUUUGCUGCAACUUUUUGUAUUGUGGGUUUUGAGGAGCUGGCUGUGCUAUUGUUGAAGAAAUUCAAGUGGGGGACUGUGUUCCUGGAUCUGAAUAAAGAGCUGCUGAAGCGCUAUGCUGCCUGCCGGUCGGAGGAGGAGCUGCUCACUGUAGAGAGAGACUUUCUCACCGCUAAACCAGAGGACGAAGAAAUUGAUCCCUUCGACGUCAACUCGGGAGUAGAAUGCAUGAAUCUCAACAGACGUCACUGGGAACCUGAUGAGGAGGAUUCGAGCGAAGACACUGACACAUCAGAGGAUGAUAAUCAUGAUGAUGAAGCAGAUGAUGAAAAAAACAACAAUGAGUCAGAAAAUGUUUCACACGAAGACCAAGUUGGAGCAGCAGAGUCAUCGCAAUAAAUCUUAGAAUUGAUUAAUGGAAGGAGUGACGACCCAAUAUAAAUUGUUGAAUAUGAUAAAAGUACAUUUUGGUUAAUUUGUACGUCCUUCAUGAAAUAUUUUAAACUGUUUUUAGUGGUGGGAAGUAAUGAAGCAAAAAUACUUCAUUACUGUAUUUAAGUAGAUAUUUUUAGAUUUUGGGCCUUGUGUAUUUAUUUUUCGGACGACUUACUUUCUUUUACUCCCGACAUUUAAUAAGAUAUCUGUAAUUUCUACUCCUUACUUUGUCAAAAUAGACUCGCACCUGCAUGGAUGGCGACACAAAGUAAAACAGACAGCGUCUGUCUAAUCUGUGGUAAUAUGUACCGGGUAUGUUAUCAGUUAUCAUAAGAUUAUUUAGAUUUUUUUUUUUUGUUAGCGUGAGUUGCUGUGGUGACCUCUAAUGGGACGAAGGGGAAAAAAAUCGUGCCAACAACAAUACAGUUGACCCUCGCAUAUUCACGGUUAGGCAUUUGAAAAUAUUUUUUAGGGGGGCAACUUAUCUCCGUUAUUUGUGGGAUCUCACGUUGAUACGCAGGUUUUUUUGUUUUGUUUUUCUGAAGCGGAAUUACGAGAGAGCAUCAAUUAUUCGCGAAUUUUCGAGGAACCCGACCGCGAAUAGAAUUUUGUCAGCAGAAAAUCCUGCGCCAACGCUAGCUAGCUCUCAUUUUUAAUAGACAAAAAAAAUAAUUAUUUUUUUUGAUA